ACUUACGACUUUACUUACCCUUUACGGCAGUGGUAAUGUCCACAUGGUCGCUCGUGUUGUGAGAUUGUGAGUUUUAAAACAGAUCGGAAUUGAUUUUACACUUCAAGUGUAGUUCAAACACAUUUAAAGCAUGGGAAAGACUAAGAACACCAAAUUCAAACGACCACCGUUUUCCCCUGAUGGUCUUGCAGCGACUCCUGUUAAACAGGCUGUUGAAGAAUCAGAAGAUGAAGACUGUCCGGCAGCGGAGCUACUCGAUAAAUUACAGAGUCCAUCAGCAGAUGUGCGCGAAUACGCCUGUGCCAGUAUCUCUCGUGUUGUACAGCAGAGUCAGACGAUCCCAGGUUUCCUCCAGAGAGAUGCAGUCAGGAAAAUCGGACCUUUACUGCUGGAUCGCAGCCUGCCGGUCAGAGAGACUGCUGCUGGAGCACUCAGGAAUCUUAGUGCCUGUGGAGGCCCUGAAGUGUGUGAGGACAUGGUCAGACAGGAUGUGCUGACAUCUCUCUCUGCUCUCCUGAGGGAGUGCUGUGCUGGCUUUGACCUGACCUCUCCUGCUAUGAAAGGACAGAAACACAAGGUGGAAGACGUUGCCAAUGAGGCAGUAAAUUUACUUUGGAAUCUCUGUGAGAGCAGUAGCACAGCAGUGUCAGUGUUCAACAAGUCUGCACUUCUAGAUGUUCUUCUACAUUGUCUACAGAGGCACCCUCAGAAUAUGGAGCUGGCAAUAUCAGCAGCCCACUGCUUGCACACAGUAACAGAAGAGAACUCAGAACUGGUGCGCAGUGUGAAUGCAGGGGUAUUUGGCAUCUUGGACAACAUUCUGUCUUCCACACACACCAGUAUGGAAUACACUCUCCUGCGCACACUGGCUGCAGGCUCUUUAUGGAAUCUAAAAAGCAGUCUGUCUUCAGCUCAGCAGUCUCAGACACUGACCGCACUGGCCGCCACUCUCUCACAAAGCCUCAUUUUGGACGCUGGAGCGCUAAUCCCAGAGCUGUGGCAUGCUGAAUCUGCCCGUCUGUCUAAAGAGACAACCUCUGCCACAGAGUCAGAUCAUACAGACGAACGGCCUGCAGAAAUGGAGGAGGAUGUGAGAGAAGAGAAGAUGAAUGGAAGAAAGCCCAAUGGACAAAUGUCAAAAACAAAAAGUGACAUUUCAGAUCUGUUGCCUAGAGACAGACUGGAGUUGCGAGAGGCCAAAGCACUGCUCUCAGCACAGCAGACAUCCCUGGAAAUCAUCGUCAACAUGUGCUGCUCCGAUGAGCCCUCAGAUGAUGAGUGGGAGGAGAUGUCCAGCAGUGAUGAGAGCGAGAUGUGUGCUGAUGGGAUGUCAGACACUAAUUCCAGCCUGUUCUCUCCUCUUUGUCUGUCUGCUGAACUUCACACGAUCCUGCUCAACCACAGCAUACCUCAACAGGUCUUAAAGAAGGCAGAGUUCCCCAGUGCCGCGGCCCUUGAGCUUUGUAGCAAGAACCCUUUCUGGAAAUGCCUUUUGAAAAAGAUGCACCGGGUGCAGUGUCGGGCACUGACGUGUCUCCAUAAUAUCCUUUCCUCUAUGGAUACAGAGUCUCUCGGUGGUGCUUCAGGGCUUCAGGCCGUAGCUCUGCACCUUUCCUCAUUGGUCUUUAGCUCAGCAGACGUAUUAAAGGAUGAGGAGUUCCUGGAGGCUGUGACCAGUGCUCUUCGCUCUCUUCUACAGAUCAUGGCUACCAAAAACAUCCCUCAGUGUAUGUCUCCACACCAGCUAAUGAGUUUUUGUGAGGCUGCCACCAGCUGUGAGCUGGUCAGUGUGAGAGUUAACGCUCUGGCCAUUCUCGGUAUCACAGGAAGUUCUCUUGCCAAAGAGAAAAACACAGAAGACACUCUACAGCUGAUUGGAAAUGCAUUACUGAAUGUCGCAACGAAGGACACAAACCUGGUGGUGUGUGGUGAAGCGCUGGAUGCCCUUUUCGAUGUGUUUGCUGAUGGCGACGAAGCAGAGAAAGCUGGAAAAAAUAUUAACCUGCUUUCGUCCCUCAAAGCCCUUCAGCCGGGGUUUAGGGCCAAGCUGCGAAAAGAAGGCAAAGGAAAAUACAGCCCUGAUCAGCUGUGUGUUCUGGACAACAUAAGGAUCAACCUUAAGAGAUUCAUCGGCUACUUGGAGAACCUGCAGAAAAAAUGAGCUUUCAGAGAUCAGUGGUACAAAUUCUCUGUAAAUGGCUCACCUUGUUUUAUUUAGCAUUUUCUGUCUAUACUUUAUGGUUUUCUUUUGGUUUUAUUUUUAUGUGAGAGUGUUUAUUUGAAGAAAUUAUGAUAAAUUAUGUUUGUAAAACCAAACAUAUGUGCUUUAAUUAAAGCAUCAAAUACCAUAA